UCGAUCAUGUAAUUGAAUUGAAAAGGGUACCACCGCUCACCAGAAUUUACUCAUAUACAAGGAAAAAAGAAAAGGGUGUGCUUUUGAUCUUUGAUCAGGUGAGUGGAAGAGCAUGAAGUUUUGCAAGAGCUUAAGCAUAUUGAUCGAAGAAGCUUUGCCUGAUUGGAGGGAUAAGUUUUUGCCGUACAAGGAUUUGAAGAAGCAGCUGAAGUUGAUUUACCCCAAGGAUGGAAACGACAAGCAGCCUAAUAAACGUCCCAGAUUGGAUUCAACUUUUAAGGAGGAGGAGGGCGAGGUUGCCAAGGAGGUGAUGGAUUUCGUUUUUCUGUUGGAAGCUGAGGUUGAGAAAUUUAAUGCCUUUUUUGUUGAAAAAGAAGAGGAUUAUGUUAUCAAAUGGAGGGAGCUGCAGGACAGAGCAGUAAAGGCCAAAGCAUCAGACGGGGAGUUAAUAGAAGUGGGGAGGGAGAUAGUGGAUUUUCAUGGAGAGAUGGUUCUGUUGGAGAAUUUCAGUGCCCUUAACUAUACAGGACUAGUGAAGAUAAUAAAGAAAUACGACAAGCGAAGUGGUGCUCUUGUUCGCUUGCCCUUCAUUCAAAAGGUCUUGCAACAACCUUUCUACAGGACUGAUGUUCUUAACAAGCUUGUGAAGGAGUGUGAGAUGGUGCUCGAACGCCUUUUCACCAUGAAUGAGCCAUUGGCCUCAACUGAAGCAACCGUUGAGAAGCAAACCAACAAGACAGAAUGCCAAUCCAAUACUUAUAGCAGAAGUAUCAAAAGCUCACUCAAAGUCCCGAAAGAACUUGCAGAAAUUAAGGAUAUGGAGAACAUGUAUAUGAAGCAAACCUUGUCAGCACUACACGUCUUGAAAGAGAUCCGAAGUGGAAGCUCAACCGUGAGCAUGUUCUCACUGCCGCCUUUGCAAAAUCACGCGUUAGACGAUCGGAAGAAGAUCACAGUGUUAGAACAGGCAGCCAAAUAAGUUCCCACUUUUUUUUACCUUGUGUAUUUUAAACAUAUACUGCUGCAAGAUCCUAACCAAGCUCUGUAUCCUAAAUCCAAUUUCUAGUUGGAACUUGUAUGACACCUUUUCCUAAACGAUUUUAAAUACCAGAACAUGUGGUAUUGAUUUUA